GCCCUUCAGCCGCGUGCAAACCGAGGCCUCUCUUGGCCCACGUACAGCGCAAGUGGGGGCGUGCUCAUAUCCAGUGCUCGGCACUCAGGGGAAAAGAGCCUUUGGGGAGAACCCAGCUUUUCCACGUGUGUUUAAGCGCUGCCCUGCCGAGAGGGGACACAGGCUUCGUUAACACGGCUGCUUUCAUAGAACUGUUCAAUCACUGAGACUUAAAUGAUUUUAGGUACUGAUGAUUCCUAGUACAGGAAGGAGUUUGACGUCUUUGACCAAAAAGUCACUUGGAAAUUGCCAAAGCAGGCCAUUCAGCAGUGGACCUAUUACACGAAUCAGAAAGUAGGCAGAGGUCACUUACCAUUCCUAAGCUGGAUUAGCUCUCAGAUUUUUUCUGGUGUUCUCUACAUCUGCAGAAUUGCUUAUUGAAGCAACUUCUAUUAGCAACCGCACUCCCAAAACAAGUAGCUGUAAUCAGCAUUUUUGUGAACAGUUACAGCUGUUGCUGCAUAUUUUAAAAUUAUAAUUACACAGCAGAAAUUUUUAAAAAUAAAAGGUCUUCUUUUUGUGUGCUGUGUAGGUGGGCUUAAUUAGCUAGGAAAGCUAUUGAUUUCUUGAGUAGUUUGAUGCUACAUAAAUGAAUUAAAGCAAAUCCUGAAUCGCCUGCUCAAGCUUUACUGACCUCUUAGUGGUUAUUAAAUAAUUAUAAUAAUUUAUCAGUAAUAAUAAUAAUAAAUAAAAUAAUAUAAUAAUUUAUCCAUAAUAGCCUGAAACAGUAGUUUCAUGCCAAAACAGCAUGCAAAAUACUGCAUUUCUAGCAAACUUUAAUUUUAACUAUCUCUACUGUUUUAAUCAUUUAAUUGAAACUGUAAUUUUCUGGGAGAUGAAAUGAUCUCCUAACCAUGCUGUGAAGAUUUCUUACAUUCAUUUCAGAUGAGUUAAAAUCAAGUGAAGUCACAUUUGACUGUUUCAUUAGCAAUAAUAAAUGAAGAUAAAUAGGUAGAUAAUUAAACUUAAUUCUAACUUCACUAUAAUGCGUUUCUGUGAAUCAGAAAUUAGGUGUUGCUGUAAAUUUAUUUUUCUAUGUAAGUUUGCCACAAAGAAAUGUCAAAUAUUUCUAAAAAAUUCCCUUUUUUAGAUUUUGUCUAUUUUUAUAGGCUUUAAGUAGUCAAGUAGUGUUUUAAUCAGUUAAACUAUGAAAUACUCCCAUGAAUUUUAGAUGUUUUUAAAACCGUGAAGAAAAAGUAAAAUCUGUUUUUGCAUUUGCUAGUAUUUAUUGUGCUUAUUGCAUAAACCACAUUAGUUUAAGUCAAACUUACACAGCCGUCAAAAAUGUCAAAAAGACCUCAAAUUCAUAUUUUUGUGGGAGCACCCAGUAUUCCAAGCCCACUGGAGGGGUUGGAGCAAAGUAGUUCAGGCGCUGCUGGUGAGAAAUGGAGAGAGCUGCACUGUUUGUGUGAUCCCCACGGGUUUGUUUCUGCCAAGGUCCAGGGUGCUGCUGUCCCCUCAGUGCCCCAGGCAGAAAGCUCCACACUCACAGGAGUCCCUGCAAGUGGGGACAGUGCUCAGCAGGACAGGUUCCCGGGAAGAGAAGGAAAGGAUUUGACAUCUGCUGCCCCUGGGGCAGUAACUUGUACCGGCACACCUAAAGAGAGCACGAGUUUAACUCGCUCUGAUUGUCAAGUAUCCCAAGAUAGAUUUACACCUGCAGAUGUAAAUCAGGCUGCAGAUCAACACCUGCCCCGGAGCUGUGCAGAAUCAGCUGCACAAGAGAAACCAUCACGUGCCUGCUGCCCAGAGCUCACUGAGAGAAAAGCCAGUCCUUUAGAAGUGAACAGCUCUGACAUUUCUGCUUUGGUUGCCAGUACUGAGCAGGUCAGCAUCCAUCUAAAGUCUGUGGGACUUCAGGCAGGUCACAGAAAUGAGCAUCAUGAACAUCUCAGUCAAUAUUUGGAUAUGUUUUUCCAAAAAAGUCAGGAGUCCAAACCAAAAGAACCAAAUGACUUUGCAGUGUCAGCAGACACUGAAUUUCGUAGUGUAGUGACUGCAAGUCAGGUGGCUGUUCUUGCACAGAAUGAGAUGCAGGAAAGAAUUGCAAAACUAUCAGAAAUAGACGCAGGCAAAAAAGCUGAAGAACGACAGUAUGAUCACUUACAAUGUGAUUCUGGUGUUGGAACGUGUACUACUAAUGUGACUGAAAAUGAGUAUAAGGAAGAGGAGACAAGUUCUCUUGAACUUUUCAGUUCUGAGGAUGAUGGGGAAAACGUUUGGAUUAAUGCUACAAAACAGGAAGAAAGUACUCAGGAAAAUGCAGAAAAGUUUCAAGAACCUAAUGUUCCUGUUGAGCAAUUUGUAAAUGAAAUCCAUAUUGAGCCAUUGAGCUCUGGAAUACUGUGCUCUCAAGGGAACUGUUCUCACAAGAACUCUUCUAAAAGACCCCGCAAGAAUGAAGAUUCCUCUCGUCUUUUUCACUCGGCAUUUAAAAGACAGCUGAAAUCCAAGAGAGCUAAACUGAAUUCUUCUCCACCUGGUUCUGGAGUGAGAGUGGAUCCAGACAGGAUGACAGAGUUCAAGAAACUCCAAAAGAAGCUAUCACUACUUAAGAAUUGCUGCAGCAAAGAUCAAAAGUACAAUAUUUUGGUCACAGUUGUACAUCCUUGUCAUAUCAAAGAAAUACAGAUGAAGACUAAACCAAAAUCUUCAUGUAAAAUUCCUGUAGCAAAAAUUGUUGUUAUUGACCAGUCAGAAAUUGAGAGAAAGGUGGUGCUGUGGCGUGGUGCUGCAUUUUGGUCCCUCACUGUGUUUCCUGGGGAUAUUGUACUGCUUACAGAUAUGAUAAUGAAUGAGAAUCCUUGGUGUAGAGAGGUCAUGCUUCAGUCUACAUUUACCAGUCAGUUACUGAAUCUGGGAAACUGCUCAGCUCUCAAUCCAGAAGAAUUUUAUCCUCUAGUGGAUGGUGAUGUUCUCCAUGGCUUAUUGGCAUACAUAUCAUCAGAAUUUCCACACUUCAGAGACAUUCCACAAAGACAAGUUCAGAGACUGGAUGAUGUUCAGUAUGUGCAGCUAGAUCAGCUCCAGCCAAAUACUUUGGUGCACUCAAUCCUGAAAAUUGUCAAUAUUUCUGUGUUAACAGAAUCUGUGUACAGCUACAGAGGUGGCAAUCAAAGAAAAAUUAUUCUAACAGUAGAACAGAACAGAGAUCAACACUAUAGGAUGGUUCUGUGGGGAGCAGGGGCUGCCUGGUGCCCCCAGCUUCAGAGGAAAAAAGACCACAUAUGGGACUUCAAAUUCCUUUUGGUCCGAAGUAGUUCUGUCUCAGGUGACUUGGAACUGCACACAACUCCGUGGUCAUCCUAUGAGUGCUUGUUUGAUGAUGACAAAAGAGCAGUUGAAUUUAAAGAAAAGUUUCAGAAAAGUCAAACAACCCUCAUGGAGUUGACAAGGCUCUCAGCACACCUGGAAGAGAAAUGCUCAGGAGUGAUUCAAGUGAAAGCCCAUAUCUUGGAAUUGAAAUUUACCAUUUCCACUGGUCAGUACAAACAACUUAUCUUCUCUGCUGACACUUCACUGGAAUGUGUUUUGGCUUCUCUGCCUAUGAUUACAUAUGCAGGUUGUGCCAAAUGUGGUUUGGAGCUAGAGGCAGAUGAGAACAUGAUCUACAAGCAAUGUAUUAGAUGUUUGCCAUACAGCAAAGUAAAAACAUUCUACAGACCUGCUUUGAUGACAGUAGAAGAUGAAGGAUAUGAAAUUUAUGUUCAUGUGGUGUCUGAGUUGGUGGAAAAAAUCUUCCUCAAUAUUCCUGCAGACUGGCUGAAGAGAUUAGUAGUGCCCUCUUCAGAUAUAACCUACAGUGCAAUAGUAGCAGAUCUGUGUCAUGCACUGCUGACAGAUACAGAAGCAUCCUAUUUGUUGGAAAUCAGAAGCCACUUUGUGCUAGAUGAGAACAGCUAUCCUUUGCAAAUGGAUUUCCAUCUGCUAAAUUUUCAUCAUGAUCUUUGACCUCUGCACUGAGUAAAAAGACCAUAAGGACAUACAGAUGGGAAGCAGAAACAAAAUUACUUCGCUCAUUUUGCAAAUGAAGAAAGCAAAUCUCUUAAAUUAUAAUAAAGGAUUUUGGGUUUAACUUAUGAAAAAAGCAAAACUAUCAAAAGGACUGGUAUGAAAUAUCUACUAAUAGUAUAUACUGCUGGAAUAAUACUGAUGGAUUUUCAUAAAGUAUAUUUUUAUACAUGUAUUUUUAUGUUAAUAAACUCCAAAAUUUCUUCUGUAUCUGUUUUCCUUUUUCUCCACAGUAAAGUUCACUACUAUUGAGAGACUGAAUUUUCCUUAGACCUGGCAUAUUAGAGGAAGACAGACAGAAUUCAGUAAUA